AUCGCGGCCGGCAUUAUUUACCAUACUUGGUGUGACAGCUUCAAGCCCCUUCAUUACUCUGUUCCUUGCCAGCUAACACUGACGAAUAACGGUUGAGCAUGGAUGUCCCCACAAAGGUCAAGCUUCUACCUCCCAAACCCGACCUCACCUUCACCAGACCUCCCAAAUCGAAGAUUGCUCUGUUUUUCUGGCGUUGGCGCAUAUGGUUUGAAUCCACCUUCGUGUUGUCAAUGUUGGAACCUUGGGAAAAGAUCAUGCUCCUCACCAUGUUGUUCAUAUGCUCUUCAUUCGUCCUCUCGGCGCUCUUCAGACACAUAUACCAAGAUAUUGGCGGGCUGCAACAGCGCGUCGUGUAUUACUUGCUUGGACCGGAAGCAGACAAAACAGUUAUAUGUGAUCAGGUGAACGACUGUGUUGGUGGAGGAAACAGCGAACUUUAGUUACCUUACAUACAGUACGCGACUUGUUGUCAUAUUAAAGUAUUUCGGGUUUGCAUUGCAGGGAAUAAUAUUUACGACAUCCAUUAGAUCAUGACCUACAACGAGCUAGAGGCUCAGGGGCUUGGGGGGAAG